AUCAGUCGCAACCGCAGCAUCCUCAGUAAAGACAUGACUGGAUUGUACGCUCAGAGGAUGGAUGCUGCAAACGUCGUGGUACUUGGCACAGAUAAUGUUGGAAAAUCUGCACUUAUUGUACGAUUCUUGACUCGAAGAUUCAUCGGGGAAUAUGGAGAUAUAGAGUCUCUUUACAGUCACACUGUUGUUGUGGAUGGACGAGAGCAAACUCUGAAUAUAUGGGACGCACCAUAUUCUCAGGACUUGUCACCUGAAUCCUUUAUGUGUGAGAAAAGAGUCCAAUGGGCAGAUGGCUUUGUGCUGGUCUACAGCAUCUGUGACCGAGCCAGUUUCAACACUGUCACUAGACUCAUUCAAACCAUUAAAAGCAGUAAGGACUAUCUUGGCUUUGAGAAGAUACCCAUAGUCAUUGUGGGAAACAAGAGGGACCUGCAUCAUCGCCGUACGGUCCUUAGCGAAGAGGGCAGGCUGCUCGCUCUCUCCUCAGGCUGUCAGUUCUAUGAGGUUUCGGCUGCUGAGAAUUACCACAGCGUCCUCAUGGUUUUCCACGGGCUGGUGGAUCGUAUCAGGGAGUCAAGAAUGUCUGUGAAAAAGUUAGCAGGCAUCAAGGGCAUUGUGAAGAGUAUGUCUGCUGUGUUCGCCCGCAGGCGAACAGACUCGCUCUGAGGCUGACGGGAGAUCUGGAGAUGAAGCUUUCAGGGUCUGAUAUGACCUGUUUUAGAUGCCAGAGAGGGACUGACAGGUUGUCCUUAUCCCAUUGCUGGCACAAGCUUGCACGACAGUCUGGGAUAUCUCAUGUGACUUCAGCUGGGCCUUACGAGUGGUCAACUACCAGAAGAAUGCUGUUUAGAGAGCUAGAAGACCUAGUGUGUCUUCUAAAUUGAUGGCUUUUAUUGAGAACAUGAUGAAAUCGGACAGUUUAAAAAAAUGCUUAAGAUGCCAAACCAGCAGAUCCUGUCAAUCAAAAGUGGAGUAAAUAUAGCAUUGUACCGGGACAUUUAUGUAAUUUAACUCCUUUGCUUACUUUAGGCAGGAAAGAUUGCAAUGCUUCUGCAAAUAAACUUUAGUGGUGUUGGCAAAAGCUGGUAAACACUGCGGUGCAAUUUUUUUCGUGAGUCAAUGCUAUUUUGCUGUCCUGUUGCUACAGUAGUUAAAAAAAUGUAAGCAAAAGCAAGAAAUGUAUCCUUUGUUGCUACAUUUAUCAACUACAGCAUGUUUGCCAAAUUAGAGGUAUCAUCGUCCAGCUGUCAUCAGUUCAAGGUCAUGUUGCAGUCAUGUUGAUGUGUUUUGCCCCUACUUGCACUUUGAUUCGCACAACAUCAUUGUACGUGAUACAUAAUUUCAACAUAAUAUCCACAUGUAUUGAUUUCUUGACCACACAAUGGAUAUUCCUUCCUGAUGUGCUACGAAGCCAAUAAACCCAAUGAAGAGUUCCCAUGAAUGCCACUGUCCAGUACAUUAAAAUCACUAAAUGAAUAUCCUGUUUUUGUUACAGUAAAUAAAUGGAAUACUUUGUUACAACCAAAAUGAGUAGCCAAAGUAUUAUAACUUGAGGCAUAACUAAAACGUUUGCAGUGAAUGUAUGGUGUGAGGCUGGCAAGUUGUUAUACUGUAUAUCAUCGCUGUCCUUCCAAA